ACACACUUCAAAAAGCCUGGUCUUGCUCGAGGAAAGUCCUAUUCAAUCUCCUUCUCCACGAAAGAAGACUCCACCUUCUGGUCCAUCUGGGUGCUGUGCGGCAUCUGACAAAUCGCGCGCGGCAACGCGCUGCUUUGCUUGCGCGGUCCGCAACGUGAGACGCCACUGCAGAGAGAUUUUUCUUUCCUCGAUUUCCUCUACUUCCCCCCAGUUUUCUCCACUCAAGUGUACAGAAAGAGGGAGGGCGAGAAGAAGGCAGCCAGGCGAAGGAAGAGCGAGCGAACAAGACGGCUCGCGCCGGAAGAAGGAGGCCGGGUGGUGCCGCACCGCGUAUAUAUACGCGCGCGCGCUGGUGUAGGUAUAUGCUUACACAAGGGGGGCUCUUUUCUUCUGUUUGUCUUCAUUUCUCUUGUGGUUUUCUCUCGUCUUUCGCCUUUCGCCUUUCGCUUCCCUGCGGAUGUCUCUUUUCCUCUGAACUGGAGAGAGGAGGGAAGACAGAACACCCGUCGUGGCAGAAGGCGCGAGGUUCCGGCAGCGCGACAAGAACAGAGAGUCGUUUCCUUUCCUUCAAUUUUUUCAUUUCUUUGUUGGCCAAACGUAUCCAGGAAGAAGUCAAAGGACUCAGUUUCCUGGAGUCGCUUCUUUUUGCCGACUCGCCGGAAAGUCCCUCUUCCCUCCUACCCACCUCCCUUCUCGAACUCUCCCUCCCACCGGUUCGUUGCGGCUUUCUUCUCCGAACGACUCCGUCAAUCCUCUCCUCGUCUGCCCUCACGCACUCGCCCAUCUCGUCGCGCGCCUGUCUCGUUCUUCUUUUCUCUCUUUUCUCGCUUCUCUCCCCGUUUUUCGCUCUCUCUCUUCUCUGCUGAAGAGAUCUCUGGAUCCCCGCACACCAUGGCAGGGCAGUGGCUGCGGCUGCUGGCGGGGGCCUCUGUGCCUAUGCUUAGCCUGCCGGCGCGCUGCGACUCUCCAGCGUCUCCGUCGUCUCCUUCGUCUCCGAAAGAGCGCGUGUCUGCUCUGCUGGCUCAGCCCCCGCGUCCGUUCUCCGCCUUCUCCCCUGUCUCCACCUGGAUGUCCACCAAGUGGACCAGCUUUCGCCUCCGAACAGGCCUCCUCUCUCCCGCGGCGGUCGCCGCCUCUGCGGUCGCGUCUGCGUCUCCGGCUGCUCGCGAGGCGCCUGCGAGGAGACAGAAGGUGGUGGUUGUGGGGUCAGGCUGGGCAGCUGUCUCCUUCCUCGCGGACCUGGACAUGACUCGCUACGAGCCUGUCGUCAUCUCUCCGCGCGACUACUUCACCUUCACACCGCUGCUGCCGUCCGUCUGUGUGGGGACUUUGCCUGCGAGUGCAUGCAUGACGGGUGUGAGGGAGUUGCUGGUUCGCGGCGGAGUGCCCUGCGGAAGUUUCUACGAAGGCCGCGUCGCGGAGAUCUGCCCUACAGAGAAGAAAGUUCGCUGUCAGUCGACUCACGGGAAGGCGCAGGACGCGCGCGAAUGGGAGGAGAGCUACGACUACCUCGUGGUCGCCGCGGGUGCCGAUGUGAACACUUUUGGAGUCCCUGGAGUGAAGGAAAACGCGUUUUUCGUCAAGGAGUUGGAGGACGCAAGACGCCUGCGAAGCGCGCUGUUCGACGUCAUCGAGACAGCUUCUGUCCCCGGCGUCUCCGAGGAAGAGAAGAAGAAACUUCUUCACUUCGUUGUCGUUGGAGCGGGUCCGACAGGCGUGGAAGUCGCCGCAGAGAUCGACGACUUUUUCCAGGCCGAGGGCGCGACUCACUUCCCGCAGCUGCGGCCUCUCGUCCGGAUCACCGUGGUGGAGAUGCUCCCGACAGUCCUCGCAGCCUACAACAACGACGUCCAGGCUUUCGCAAAACGCCUUCUGGAAGAGAAUCCACGCGUCGACCUUUGCCUCCAGUCGCAGGUCGUCGGAGUCGGUCCAGACUCGGUCAAGGUUCGCACAAAGCGCGCCGACGGCCAGGUGGAAGAAAAGGAGAUGCCCUGCGGCCUCCUCGUGUGGGCGUCGGGGAUCAAGAGUCCAAAGGUCUGUCUCGACCUCGCCAGAAAGACCGCCGAGCUGCGCGAGGCUCAGCAGCAGUCGCCCGUAAUCCUCGUCGACCAGCAAAUGAAGGUGCGAGGCUGCGAAGGCGUCUACGCGCUCGGAGACUGCUGCAGACUCUCGCCGCCUCCUCUCGUCCAACAUGCAGACACCCUGUACGAAGCCGCCACGGCGAACGGAGCAGCCAGCACUGACUGGCUGGAGAGAGAGGCGCCGAAACUGAGCACUGUCUUCCCUCAACUGGCCAGCAGCAAAUACGACUUUUCCCAGAAGCCGCGUCAAACGCAAAUGACAAAGGAGCAGUUCGUGAAACUUCUUGCGGACAUCGACGCGGCGUACCGCGCUCCGGCGCCGACGGCGCAGAACGCGAAGCAGGCAGGUCGCUACUUGGCGCAGACGUUCAACGCGUUUCCGAGUGUCGAGGAGAAGCGCCGAGCGCCUGCGUUUGUGAACCAGACGCGCGGGGCGCUGGUCUACCUCGGGCAUGGGCAAGCAGCUGCAGACAUCGAAGGAUGGAGGACGUUCUUGGGCGGCGCGGCGACGCUGCUGCUGUGGAAGGCGGCGUACCUCCAGAUGCAGUUGACUUUGCACAACGCCGUCGCGUGCCUGGGCGGGUGGCUGCGAACCAGUCUGGUCGGCAGGGCCGUCUGCCGAGAGCACCUCGACGGAGAGACUGUGUACGGCGACCGACGCAAGUGAAGGCUGUCGCCGCGUCGAGCAGGACCGCGAACGGCGGGGGGAGGGCAGGACCAGAGAGCGAAGAGCGACAAGUCGAAGAUGCGGCCUUUCGAAGAGGGCGGCGGAGAGACGAGGCAGAGAGACAGAGCGAGUCUCGGCGAAACUUGUGAAGGAUCCCGGGCCGAUUGCUUUUUUCAACGUGUCUUCCGCGGCUGACGGAGCCUAGCGAAGUGUAACUGAGAGAGCCAGCGAGCGUUCUCUCUCGGAAUGACAAAUCCGACUUUCUGUACACUUUCCACCUGACUCUGCCGCGUGAGCACAUGGGGUCCUCCUGUGUGAGAUGAGAAUCCUGGAAACCCGGGAAAAUUUCGUCCUUCCUCGAAUACUUGUGUAAAUGUAUAUAUAUAUAUAUAUAUAUAUAUGUGUAUAUAUAGAUAUAUAUAUGUAUAUAUAGAUAUAUGUGUGUGUAUGUGCAUGUACCGAGGGUGUGGUCUUGGCCUCUUGAGACAUCUAGAGUGUCUGCAUUUCUUGACUUUUGUUUUUUUUCCCCGAUUUUUUGUCUCAUUUGAGUGUCCGCGCGCGGCGUCUCGUCGCAGUCGCACAGGCGAUUCUGGCGCUCCGAGAAAAAGGCCUCUCGAAAAGUUUUUUCAGAAAAAGUACGUGCUUCGGAGACCUCGGCAAGGGGCCGGGCAAAGGAGACACCUGAGGAAGGUGCAGCGUUCGUCAGUGUCUCGAGAAUGUCUCUCUCUCGCGCAUGCUCGCGUCGUCAGUCUCUCAGUGCAACGUCCUUCUUGCUGGAGACCAGCCAGGCGCAGAGCCGCUCGGGUCUGGCGACGUGGAACCGUCGAAAAAGUCACAGGUUUCUGUGACUUUCAGGUUUUGCGUGAAAUCCAUUUGGAGGGAGAGGGUAGCUAGAAGAGGCUCUACAAACUUGCACAACAAAAAGGAGGCUCAGCUGCUGUUGUCAAAAAUUUGAAACGUUUGAA